CCUACCGAAUUGGCGAAAUAAACAUUUCAAAAUGGAGUGGAGUUACUCCGUCCGCUCUGUCCCAUAAGGCAACACUCGUAAACAAUAGGUGACCCACCAGUGUUGAAUAAUAUCGGAUUAUUAGUGCUUCGAGUGAAUAUGGCGAAGUCAGUGCUGAGUUCAGACUCAUUACCGAAGGCUGGAAGAGUCAACGAGGUGUGUCGAGAGUGGCUGGUUCACGAGGACGGCGCCCUGGCGUAUCGAUUGCAGGAUGAAGAGAUCAAGGAGCAUUACACAGGGAACAAAGUGCGUAAUGCCCAAGUGAGAGAGGAUUUGCCACGGGCACGGGUGGAGCAGCAGCUGGAGGAAUUGAGAUAUCAUUCACUGGUUCAACAGCAGGAAGAGAGAGACGCUAUGGUGGCUCGACAGGUAGCUCUGAAUCUCGAAAGAGAGGAGCGGAUGAAGGAGAGAGAACUCCAAGAGAGAAUGAGGCUUCAAUUACGACUGGAUGAUGAAGCGGCACAAGUCGAGGCUGAAUUGGAAAUGCAGAGACGUCUGCAGGAGGAGAAAGACCAAGAAUUAGCGAGGCAGCUCCAGGAGGAGGAGGAGCGAUCGGUGGACACGAGUGACGGUCCCAUCGAUGACCAGCUCCUCCAGGACCAGAAGCUAGCGAUGGAGGCCCAGGACGCCGAGCUAGCACGAAUGCUCCAGGAGAAGGAGAGGGCGAAGGCCAGACGUGCGAGGGAGCGUGCGAGGCAGAAAAAACUGGAGCGCCAGCUGCAGCAACAGCAACAGCUGGAGGUGCAGAACGAGAUGGAGAGGCCCCAGAGACCUGACAAGCUGGACUUGAAGGUCUCCUACGACAGAAAACCCAAGAAUCACCCUCAGUACCCGGACCCUGAGGAGAUCCAGGUCCUCGAGGAGCCAGAGGACAAUCGAGAGAUGCCCAAUGUUGCCACCAUCAUUGACCCAACGUACAGUGGAAGUGGGCAUCGCAGCACCACCUCCAGCAGCUCCAGCAACACUGUCAGUCCCUCGUACGUUCUGCCCACGCCUCCACAGGAAUUGAUGGACGAUGCCCCCUGCUACAUGCCCAUUCAGGGACAGAGACGCAUGCAGAUGCAGUCGCCUUCACUCUCACACGAGGAGAAACACAAACGCAGGGUCAAGGAUGGCUGCAAACACCAGUAGGGGUCGUGAUCUCAGAUGUAGUUUAGGGGAAAUCGGUGUAGGCGUUGGUCUUCUCACUUUCGUCACUCUUCCAGCGGUUCGGACUCACAUUCCAACGACACUAAUGCCUUAGGAUGGUGAGUUGUUCAGAGAGUUUUGGGGAGGGGAGAUGAUUGAGUUCUUCAGGGGAUUCAGAGGAAGUUUUUGAGGAGAUGGCGCAGGUCAUACGAUCCAUUUUGGAUGAAAAUGGCGAGAAAUAUUUCACUUGACAAUUCAACUAGAAGAUUUUUCAAGGAAACUUUCACGUGGAUUAAAUUUUGUAGAAAAGAAAGACCUUUUAAAUUCUAUAGAAAAGGGUAGUUGAGAAAUUUUAGAGGGAUUUGAGGGGAGAGAUGAUUGAAUUCUUCAGGAAAGUUUGGGGUUGAGGAGAUAUUAGAUAUGAUGGAUCUCGUCAAUCAGUCAUUUUAGGUGGAAAUGUGAAAAAGUAUUUUCGUAGAUAAUGAAAUUCUCUAAAGAACAUAUUCAAUUGCAUUUUCUGAAAAUAGACUUAUUGCGAAUAAUUCAAUCCUCUUAACAUUUUCAUAAGAAAAUUUCCAAUUGAAUCAUAAUUAGUAAUUUUUGGAGAAAAAAUCAUUCGACAUUUUUUCUAGAGCAUUUCCUAAGCUACAAAAAUGUUUUGUGAAAUUUUCUCCUAGCAUCACUCGUUAUCAAGAUAAUUGAACAAAUAGAACAAUUCAACUGGAAAUUUUUCGAAUUUUAUAGGAAAAAAUCUCUCGAAAGUUCUCAGUCACUCAUCACCUAGAUAAUUGAGCAUUCAACGCCACGUGAGUCUCCCCUCAUGAAUAAUUCAAUCAAACAUUCCUCUGGAAGUUGUCAGUAACUCGAGAAGAAUUCCCCACGGAUUUAAUCAUCUCCUCCCUCGCACAAUUGAAGUAAUGCGAAGUUUAACGUGCGACUGUUGCCAUAGUGCACUCCCUAACGGGAGUUAUCUUGGAGAAACGAAUAUGACGAUAAUAAUCACAGUGUUUUGUGCCUUUUCACGAGGCAUUGUUUGCAAUACGAGUGCUCAACUUGAAUGGUAUACACAACGGUAUCUGUAAUUUCAACGAAGUUGUUGAUAAUAAUAUGAAUUAUUUUAUUUUUAUGUAGUUACCACGCGAAAUUCAAUUUUCGUUUCGUAGGAACGACGUGUUCUGGAUGAAAAUACAUAUUAGUAUUUCAAAAUGAAAGGGCGUAACUGGAAUGGAUUUGGAAAAGACGUAAUUGAACACGAUUUUGACUAAAUGCAGAAUAUUUUUCAUUUUUAUGAAACUACGCAAACAUGAUAAUUCGAAUUUGAAUAAUUUGAAUUGUUCAAUUGUUGAAUUGACGAGAGAAUAGAAUUAUUCUUCUUACGAAACCAAUUCGAUUAAAUUGUAAUUGAUGUUUUCAAUUCUGACAUCAUUAUUUAUGGGGCAUUCCACGCUAUUUACAAUAACUUAUUAAUUAAAACCGGACUCGAUCACCAAAUGGAUCAAUCAAAUUAUCAGUAUUAUCUAAUGAUCAUACAGAAUCGUUAGCGAUUGAUGUAAUUAUGCUUAUCUAUUCACCGAUUCGUUACAACUCCAACAGCUACAUUGAUGACGCCCUAUUAAAAGUAAAAUUCUCAGUCUCUUCACCUCUUCUUCUCUCAUUUCUUCUUCUUUAAUUUCAUCCGAGUUACGUAUUAUUGAAUAAUUCUCCAGGACACGUCGAUAAAAGAGACAAUUUUCCAGUAAAAAGAGUAAAGUAUUGAUAUUCGAGUAUUUUUACUUUCGUAAUUAAUUGAUAGUGAAUCCAUUGGUUACUAAUGAUGUAAUCAGACUAUUUUAUACUAUUUCUAAUAAUUACUACUUCGCAAUAUUUAUCGAAAAAUGGAAGAGCGAUGGAAAAACAACAUUGCCAAAGAUCUGACACUUUAAAUGUUUGGCUCUGUACCAGAUUGUAACGAGUAUUAAACAAUAAUCGAGGUGACUUAAAUUUCAACGAUUAAUCAAAGUUAUGUACGUAAUGAUCUUGUUACUGUACUGCAUCAAUUGAGAGUUUAUAUAUGCGAGGAUAAUUCAAAUCAAAUUGUAAACGUGUUCAUAAUGAAUUAACUGACUAAUCAAUUGCCGAAAUGAAUAUCAAACAGUUAUUUAUCAGAAGAGUUCAAUUCCAGGACUUUUUCCUCGGAUUUAACGACUCAAUAAUCCAAAUCAUGAAAAUUGCAAAGACUUUAUUAUUAAUCAUAAAACAAUUAAUUGACAGGAAAUGACUUUUUUUUAAUUCCAGGACUUUUUUCCUCGAAUUUAACGAAUUAAAAAUUCAAAUUGUAGAAUUGUAAAUCUUUUUUUGUUAUUAAUUACAGUAGGGAAAUAGUUAAUUGACACAAUUAAGUACAAUACCCCACAUGAAUCGAACGACGAAGGCCUCACUUUAAUCAACAAAUGAUUAACAUUAAUGUAGAGAUUAUACAUUUAAAAUAAGAUGGAUUCAUUAAUCGAGGGCUCUCUCAACAAAAUGGUACACGAUAGAUUUUUUUUAUAUGUUUAUUGCAUUAUUAUAGCUAUACAUGAGCAUAUCAAUAAAUUAUUUACAACUGUAUGUUACAAGGUUUUACUUUCUCCGAAUAAUAAACGAAAAAAAACAAA